CUGUGAUCACUAGUAGUAAUUUUUGAAGACUGUGAUUCAUUAUGGAAGAUUCGGAGCUUGACCCAUCGGAAUUAGGCACCCAUAAAUACUGGAUGGAAGCUUAUGCAAAAGAAAUAAGUAAUUUUGAACACAAUGGUGACCCAGGUGAUGUCUGGUUCGGUGAAGAAAGCGCUAUUCGAGUCAUCGACUGGAUAUGUGGCUGCGGCAUUGAUAAGAACACUGCAAUCAUUGACUUAGGUUGCGGCAAUGGUUAUACCUUAUCAGAACUGGCUAAGGAGGGCUUCACAAAUUUACUCGGAGUUGAUUACUGCACAGAAGCUAUAACUUUAGCUGAAAAAGUGACCAAGCGUGAAUUCCCUGAGUUGAAAUAUCAGGUAUUCGAUAUAACCAAAGACAAUGUUGAAGAGCUAGGUGGCAAAUUUGGUCUCGCUCAUGAUAAAGGCACCUAUGAUGCAGUCAGCCUCAACCCAGAAAACUCCAAGGAUAAUAGACAGAUAUAUAUCAAUCAAAUCGUUGACAUGUUAACAGACAAUGGUCUAUUCGUUAUAACAUCGUGCAACUGGACCGACGAUGAGCUUUUGAGGCAUUUCUCGGAGAAAAUGAAGUUGAAAUGUGUGAUACCAACACCGCAGUUCAAAUUCGGCGGGAAAGUUGGCAGCGUCGUUUCGUCUGUGGUAUUUGAAAAGUUAUAGAUAAUAUAUUCUUGUUGAUAAUC